AAAAUACUAUCUAAGAAUAAUGGCAAAGCUUUUGACUUGUGUCCUUCUCAUUGUUGCUCUAUCUUUUGUUGGAACAAUGAUCCCUUCAGUUGAAUCAGAAACUUGCUAUCAGAUACAUCCUGAAAUAUUGUGUGAUCAAGGACAUGUUGAGCCAAAAUGUUUACCAUUUUGCAAGCAAAAGUUUGGACCCAAAGCUGGUGGCCAAUGCAUUGAUCAGCCUGGUUUUGAGAGUCCUUUUUGUGCUUGUGAUUACCCUUGCUAG